GCUCCGGAUUUGUCUGCCUUUGGGGAAGGUGUGUGUGUGUUCUCUCCAUCGUUGUAUGUUUUGUUGACCGCCCUCGGUCUUGCCUUUCUCUCAAUUCUUCUGUGUACUCCGUUCCCCCCUCCUUAUCUUGCUCCUACGCCCCCGGGUCUACAAACCGCACACCUUUCCACAUAUCCAUAAUGGCUGCGACCGCCAGCACGGCUUCGGCCCCCCAGACCAAUGUCGUCUAUCCUCGGAGCCAUGUCGGUUUCGACAGCAUCACGUCUCAGAUUGAGAGGAAGCUGCUCAAGCGUGGAUUCCAGUUCAACGUGAUGUGCGUUGGUCAGACUGGCCUCGGAAAGUCCACUCUUAUCAACACCAUCUUUGCCUCUCACCUGAUCGAUUCCAAGGGCCGCUUGGCCCCGAACGAACCUGUGCGAUCCACCACAGAGAUCCAGACCGUGUCCCAUAACAUUGAGGAAAAUGGGGUGCGUCUGAGGCUGAAUAUUGUUGACACUCCCGGUUACGGUGAUCAGGUCAACAACGACCGAUGCUGGGAUCCUAUCGUGAAAUACAUCAAGGAUCAACACUCGGCAUACCUGCGCAAGGAACUCACUGCUCAGCGCGACCGUUACAUUCAAGAUACCCGUAUUCACUGCUGCUUGUUCUUCAUCCAGCCUUCUGGACACGCUCUUAAACCUAUUGACAUUGUCGUUCUCAAGAAGCUUUCGGAUGUCGUUAAUGUCGUGCCCGUCAUCGCCAAGGCCGAUUCCCUGACUCUAGAAGAGCGCCAGGCCUUCAAGGAAAGAAUUAAGGAGGAAUUUACCUUCCAUAACUUGAAGAUGUACCCCUAUGACAAUGACGAACUGGACGAUGAGGAGCGUGCCACCAACGCCCAGAUCAAGGAUAUCAUUCCCUUCGCUGUUGUCGGCAGCGAAAAGACCAUUGUUGUCAAUGGCAAGCAGGUUCGCGGCAGACAAAACCGCUGGGGUGUCAUCAAUGUCGAGGAUGAGACUCACUGCGAGUUUGUGUACUUGAGGAACUUCCUCACUCGCACCCAUCUUCAAGACCUCAUCGAAACCACAAGCCAGAUUCACUAUGAGACCUUCCGUGCCAAGCAACUUCUUGCCUUGAAGGAGAGUAGUGCAGCGGGUGGUCACACUGGUGGUAGUCGGCCCAUUAGCCCUUCGGCGGACAGGGAGCUGAGCCGCAAUUCCCAACGAAUGACUAUGAACGGCUACUAAUUUGUAACACUGGCUGCUGAUCAAUGAUGGUCGUCUUCAAUCUUUGUUGUACCAAGCGUGUUUUCGGAUGGAGACCUGGAGAGAAGAGGCAGAGCAGUUCAAAGGCAGUUUCGGGGAAUUCUUCAGUGCCGUUUUUCAUUUCCGUCUUUUUUUUGUCCUAACAGAACUUUUCCUUCGCCAGCAGGCCUUUCCAAAUAUCAACUUUUAACUUUAUUCUUUUACUGUCAGUACCUUCAAUCGCAACCAUGCUAGAACCCCGAAGUUGAAAGGUUCAGUAGCAUGGGUUAUGCAAGUAUUCUCUUCUAGAUACUAUCCUUUCACUAAGAUCAAGAGUUCAUUUGACAAUGUAACUUCUUCAACCGA